CAACCACGGCGACACAGUGCCCCUGCCCCAGGCCAGUCCGUGCAUUCAAGUCCCGGCUGCCGGAGGAGGAGGGUCCGCUCUCCACUCUUCUCUCAGGGACCUCCUCCCCCCGGACUACUAGUGGUGUGAUGUGCUGAGUGACAUGCAGGGGGGAGGAGCAAUUCUCCCUUCUACUCUCAGCUCCUCCCCCCCAGUGCUAGUAAUGAGGACAUCCCGGCUGGAGGAGGAGGUAGCAGGCAGCACAGUGCACCGCGUGGCUUCGGCGGGGGUUGGUGGAGGGCAGGCUAACCAGCUGUAUCUGGUAUCCCCCACGACAGUACAGCAUAGCAACAAAGCGGACUUCUGACCAAUAGGAAGCCCAAUCAGACUUGCCUGGAGGCUCCCGUAUUUUGCAAGAGUCCACCGCUACCCAGCAAACUGAAGUGUUUUUCACCCCUCCCUCCCCUUCCCUCCUCUUCCCCCCCCCCCCCUCCUCCUCCUCCUCACCAGAAUUACAGCAAGCUUUUAGACAGCCCUCCAGCACCUGUCAGAUUCCUGCACUGCAGUUUGGAGGAGUUUCUGUGCAAUCUCCUCCAGUCCCCUGCAUCCACUCAGCUGCUAGCCCAGGACCACAGUCAUUGAAAAGAACCAGAACCACUGCGGUCCAAUCAUCCAACCAGUUGUAAGACCCGCGAAUCACGGCAUUUUGGGGGCGGAGCCUAAUAGAAUGGUGCCUUGUCCUGGACACAGUUGAUCACCCGUGCUUGGGAGGUGGUGGUUCAAAGUACAUGACACUGAAAGACGGCAUCAAUGAUGUGAUUAUAGAAGUGACCGCUGAAGAUGGGACUGUCAAGAAAUAUACUCUAGAAGUCACUAGACUAUCUGCAAGUCAUUCUUCACUUGAAGGAAUUAGUCUGUCUAAGGACCUGUAUCUUGUUCCAUCAUUUGAUCAAGAUGUCUUUGAAUAUUCAUGUAACGUGCCAUAUUUCCAACGCAGUAUAAGUGUAGAGCCUUCGGUCCAAGACAGUCAGAUGAAAGUAACUGUGAAUGGGCAUGAUGACAAUAAGCCAGUCUCCAUCGCAGUUGGAGAUACAGUUAUAGAAGUGCUUGUCCUUUCUGCUGAUGGCACCAAAUCACAGGUGUACAGCAUUAUUGUUACACGCGCACAGCUGCCAUUUUGUGCCCAGUUUGCAGAUGCCCAGGAGCAGAUGACUUAUGAGUGUCCUAUUACUCUGACUGCAUUUUACAGACCGGUCUCUAUUAAAGGAAGCAAUCCAAAACACACAAUCUCAGGAUCGUACAUGGAUCUUUUAACAAGAAGAUCAAAAACAGAUCCACUGGAUGAGACUGUCCUCAGUGGUAACUGGAGGGUCCCCGAGUAUGAAUUAGAUAUGGACAUGUCAGCAGCAAACGUCUCCUGUGUUUUUGCUUACCGAGGUUGUGGAGACAUUAUAAAGCUGUCCGAGUUUGGUGACCAUGCAAGGAGCUGCCUGUUUAAGCCACCAACAGAUUUGGAUCCUAAGACUGUAACAGAAUCAGAGUGGUAUAAAGAAGACUUUUCAACGAGUAAAUCAUCAGAACCUUACCUUAAGCACACAGUACAGGAGAGAAACUGGGAGAAGAGGCUUCAGCAGGUGCCUGGCAGUAACGUAGACAGUCUGUGCUGCCAAGCAGAGGAACAGUUACGUCUUUAUGAACAGAACCUGCCCAAGUCAGGUGAUGUGCUUGACUACAAGGAAGGGAAGUCGCCCUUGGAUGCUCUCAGCCAGGCUGCAAUGGCCUACGCUUCAGCAAUCAAACUCAACCCAAAGAGCCCCAACCUACAUUUCCAUCUUGCCACAGUGCUGGAGGAGUUUUAUUAUGCAGCGAAAAUGUAUGGUAUACGGAAAAAAAUUGAAGGUGAUGGUGGUGAUUAUAGUAGUGCCAAAGCUACAGGUAAAGCCGAAGAGAUACAAGCAAUCUGUAAACUACACGGAUUUUCUGUAAGACCGAACUUGGAGCAGCAAUUGAAGGCUCUAGAUCUGGAAUAUCAUCAGCUGAAAGAACAGGGCCAAUCAAGCAGAGCUGAUUACAUCCAGAAUCUCUAUGCCUGGAAAUCCAAGCAGUCCAGCAAGACUGGAUGGGUUUCACUGGAUGAGGAGAAUCCAUUAGCACAAGCUUUCCUGAAGUACAAAGAUGCCCUUUCUCUGGAUCCUGAUAACUGGCAGUAUAACAUGCAUGUGGGCAGACACUUGUUGCUACAGAAACAGCACGAAGAAGCACUGAUGUUCUUACAGAAUUCAUUGGCACUGCGACCAGCAUCAGCCAUCGCCAGGUGCUACCUUGGUUUAGCUCUCAUAGAGCAAGAAAGUGGCGCUGCCAGAAUCCAAGAAUCAGCCACUUACCUGCAACAGGGCCUGGAAAAGCUGCUCAUUGAGCUUGUUGCUCCAGAAAGCUCAAGCCUUCUUCAUGCUGAGACUCUACUGUGCACUCACAAUGCCCAGCUUCUUAGAGGGUUUGUUAAAUUGGGAAAGUUACUUAUCAACCUUACAGCACAGCCUUCCAUUAGCCCCAUGACUCCUCAACAGGUUCUCCAUUUUGUUGCAGAUUGGUCUGCUAAGGCCUUGUUCCAGUGCCCGCAUAGGGGGUCUAUAGCUCAGGAAUUAGAAUGGGUUCUGCUGGAGACCAGUUUUCACCUUCUCAAGAUGUUGGCUGAAGAAGCUUUUAACAAAGAAGAAUGGAUCAGGAGAAGAUGUCAAGCACUGUCCGCUCUAAUACGCCUCACCUCCAUUCCCGAGUGUAAGGAGCUUUUAGACAUGCAUGAAAAGGUCUGCCAGCUCGGGGUUAUAGUGUCUCCCUGCAACAGCUACGCUUUAUAUUUAUUGGGUACUGCACAGCUUGCCCACUAUGAUGACAGGCCAUCUUCUGAGGAUGCACAGCUUGUACUUCAGGAAGCAAAGCUCAGCUUUACAGCAAGUAUACGCCUAGAGAAUAUGCCAACCAGGGGACCUCCUCCAGCAGAGCUAACAUCUCAGAAGUGGUGGCAGGAGUGGGAGGCAGCAAAAGAAAUGAAAACGGUAACACCUGGAAGAAACAGUACUAAAACAGUAGCGCCUGGAGGGGCCAACAUUACAACAGUAACACCUGGUGGGGCCAACGCGAGAACAGUAGCACCUGGAGGGACUAAUGCUAAAAAAGUAACACCUGGAGGUAGCCACACUAAAACAAUGACACAUGGAGAGAAAAACACUAAAACACUGACACCUAUAGGAAGCAACAAUAAAAUAGUGACACCUGGAGGGAGGAACACUAAAAUGGUGACACCUGCAGGGAGCAACACUAAGACGCUGACACCUGGAGGAAGCAACACUAAAAUGGUGACACCUGCAGGGAGCAACACUAAGACGCUGACACCUGGAGGAAGCAACACUAAAAUGGUGACACCUGCAGGGAGCAACACUAAGACGCUGACACCUGGAGGAAGCAACACUAAAAUGGUGACACCUGCAGGGAGCAACACUAGGACGCUGACACCUGGAGGAAGCAACACUAAAACGGUGACACCUGCAGGGAGCAGCACUAAAACAGUGACACCUGGAGGAAGCAACACUAAGAUUGUUACAGCAGAAAAAAGCAAUAGUACAACAGUCAUACCCAGAGAAAGCAACAAAAAAACAAGUACACCUGGAGGGAGCAACAGUAAGUCAGUUCCCCCCAGUGUUGCCAGAGGGCACAGUUCAACUGUACUGAGUAAAGUUACCACCACAUUCCCCACUUCUAUACCUGAACCUCAAGUCAGUUCUUCAAUAAAACCCGCCGAGCAGUCAUCUUCAUCUGAAAGACCUGCGACUGUGGAAGACAAGCUCGGGCCAGUACAAGAAGCGGCUUCUGGGCUGGUACCUGUUAAUGGCAGCUCCUUCUUGCCUCGCCUGGGUUUGGCACGUGCUCUCUCUCGUAACAAGAAGACAGAAACAGAUGCUUCAGCGAUUUACCAAGACGUCAUUAAGAUGGCACCAGAGGUUCCUGAUGCUUACACUGAACUGGCCGAGAUGUUUUUAAAAAGUGAUCCUCUCAGUGCUGUGGAGGUGUAUUGCCAGUAUCCCCAAAAGCCAGACCAAGAGCAGUCAUUCGAGGAUGCCUUUAUUCCUGGUGAAAUUGUGCGUCUGCUCAUUAAAUGUGAUAAGUAUGAUGAUCCUCGUCUACCUGUCAACAUGAUUUCAUAUGGAAAAGUUAUGGGCAUAGGUUGUUUGGAGAAGUAUAUAAAUAUUCUUGAAGAGAAGUUUAAAACAAGCAUUCUCAAAAGAGUCUACGCCGGUAUUCACGGCAAAGCAGAAGAUGACGAAGAGCUGCAGGAUUUUUUUCGUUUUAAAUAUUGGAUUUAAGAAAAUGUUAACGCCACUUAAAGUCAUAAACUCAAUUUGAAAUUUCUGCAGCGGGAUACACUGGGAUUCCACAGGGAAUACAUCAGGGGGUAUAGAGUCGGAUCUUGAUCCGAGGCACCAACAGGCUAAAGCUUUGACUGUUCCCAGGAUGCAUUGCACCGCCUCUAUAGCCACGCCUCCAGGCACUGGAGCUCAGUUUGUAAGUUGGUGCCUGCAGUGCAGUUCACUAACAGGUGGGGCUGCGCUAGGCAGACCUGAAAAUAACUUUUAAGAAGACUUCAAGGGCCGCAGCAAUGUUUAUGUCACUCUGACAUUCUGUGUUGCGGCUCCAUCACCUCCCCAGCAGCGCUGCAUACUCCCGCGGCCUGGUUCUCGGGUACUUGCAGCGGAGGCGCACCGGACAUCAGGCACACACCGCUGACGCUCUCCUGGAUCGCGUGUCUGCUCAUCAGGGAGGAGGUAAGUGGGUCCCCCCAGAUGGAAACCGCUGGUAAAUCGUGGUCCAGUCGCAGUCCCAGGAGACGGGCCGCGUCGCUGCCGUGGACACUGUACUCCAUAGGCACCCCACUAUAUCCACCAGGGCAAGGAGCACAGGUCGGAUUUACUAAAAUCCGUUUACAAUAGGCUCCACAGUACCAAGGUGGUGAAGCCCAGCACAGGGGAUAAGGCGCUGACCCUUAGCCCCUCCCCCAGCUCCGGGCGCCAUCUACUGCUGGUGUUCCCGCCCUGGAGCUGCAUUUCUCUCUCCCUCACUCCCUGACAGAGAUUGUGGUGCCAUCUUCACUACUAGCUGGGCUGAUCUCUGGGACUGCAGGCCUCUGUCUCCUCUGUAAAGCCGCCUGUCUCAUCAGCACUGUUCAUUUACAGGCACUUAAGUAUUCUACAUGUCAUUUUAGACAGUGUUAGUUAAGAACAAGUGUACUGCUACCUGCAGUGGCGUCAGGAGGCGGGUGCGGCCCGCACCCAAGUGUCCCCCUCGGAAGGGGUGACACCAAAGUGCCAGCUC